AAUCAAUUAGGGUUAGGGUUUCACCUGCACUAGCUCUUGCCCUUCAAUAUUUUGACGCUUGUACCGGCGUUUCGCUUGCCGUAAGAAUGAAGCAAACAGAGAAGAUGUCAGAAUACUUGCCUGAAGAGGUUUUAGUUCAAAUAUUAAGCAGAUUGCCAGUCAAGUCCAUCAUAAAAUUCACUUGCGUCUCCAAGUUAUGGAAUUCUAUCAUCAAAAGCUCUCACUUCAUCUCGACUUUCUCAUCAAACAAACAUCGCCAUUACAUCAUGUUGCGCAACUCGUAUGCCUCUUACCAGUACUCUUUGCGUUUCGACAACAAAGAUUUCGAUGAGUACCUCAGUCCAUCCACCUUUCAACCUAGCUAAUACCUUCCAUGUGCCUCUGGUUGGCUCUAGUAAUGGUCUUGUCUGUCUCUAUCGUAUCUCCUUAAAACAUUUCAUCUAUAAUGAGUUCAUUAUCUGGAACCCUUCCAUUAGAAAAUCUGUGAGAAUACCUGAAUCUAAUUUUUGUCUUCCUCUCUCGUCCCUCCAAAAAUUAUUUGGGUUCGGUUUUGAUUCAAGAACCAAUGAUUACAAGUUGUUAGUGUUCUCAAUUCAUGCUAUUAAUGAUGCGGUUCUCUAUUCACUCAAUUCGAAUACUUGGAAGAAAGUCACUAACUUUGCUUACAAACAAAGAAAGACGGAGAACUGGGUGAAUUAUCCAGCUUUUGUCGAUGGACGAUUCUACUGGUUUAUGGAAGCUGAGAAAAAGAAUAUGGUGUUGGUGUUCGACUUACGGAAUGAGAUGUUUGGAGAGAUAUCAUUGCCUGAAGAUUUGGAAGAUUUGGAAGAUGCUCGGGACACAUAUUUGAAAAUAAAAGCAUUUGGAGAAUCAUCUAUUGCAGUCAUCCAUAAAAUUUUAAGGGACGGCUUUUACGAGUCUGAUAUAUGGGUGAUGAAAGAAUAUAACAGUGGUGCAUGGAUGAAGUUAGCAACAGUUGGAAACCGUUCAGUAGGAAGUUCAGAGGUGAUGGAGUUUAGAGAUAAUGGUGAAGUACUGGUUGGGUUCUAUACUGGAGGACUAAACGUAGCCUCGUAUAAUUUAAAGAAUGGACGGAUCAAAAAUCUGAUAGCUUUGCGUAGUGUAUAUGGCUUUCAUUAUGCGUAUAGGCAUGUGGAGAGCCUAGCAUUACUUGACAAAGAUAUGUAUUUCUUGGAAAAGCUGCUUAAUUUGAAGGGGGGUGAUGGCUUUGAGAUGAAUCAAGUUAUUGUAGCUUUAUGGUACAUUAUGGGUUUAUGGCCUUUAAUGUACAGCAUGAUUCUGCUUCCUACCGGCAGAGGGUACAUUCAGUUUCCCUUAUGA